UUGUCACAUAAAAAUUUCUCAACUUCUCUGACACAAUGCCAUAAAUAGUGUAUACAACUAGCAAGUUCAAUUCAUGUCAAGCUUAUAUAUACACCAUCAAUUUUCAGAUCCAAAAACCCAAAAAUCUUGAACUCAAAAACAGUCAAAACGAAAUCAAAUGGUAUCACAUUUCUUGGUUCUCCUCCUUUCCCUUCUCCUUUUCAUUGGCGGAGAUGCUGCAGUUUUCACAUUACAAAACAAAUGUAAUAUAACAAUAUGGCCAGGAAUUUUAUCAGGAGGCGGUCAUCCCUUGCUAAUGAAUGGAGGGUUGCAGUUGCAACAAAAUGAGACUGCACAAAUCAAAGCCCCUACUGGUUGGUCAGGUCGGUUCUGGCCACGAACCCAAUGCAACUUUGACACCACAGGUAAAGGGACAUGUGCCACUGCUGAUUGUGGCGGAGUACUCCAAUGCAAUGGUGCAGGUGGCACCCCACCAGCCUCACUAGCAGAGUUCACACUUGAUAGUCCUAUGGAUUUCUAUGAUGUUAGCUUUGUGGAUGGUUUCAAUAUUCCCAUGUCAGUGUACCCUUCAGGUGGAUCUGGAAAUUGUUCAAAUGUACAAUGUUCUUCAGACAUAAACUUACAAUGUCCUCAAGAAUUACAAGUGAAAACAACUAAUGGUACAAUCAUUGGAUGUAAAAGUGCAUGCCUUGCUUUUAAUAAACCAGAGUAUUGUUGCAGUGAAGAAUUCAACAAUCCCAACAUAUGCAAGCCAACAAAGUACUCACAAUAUUUCAAGACUGCUUGUCCAGAUGCUUAUAGUUAUCCUUAUGAUGAUGCAACAAGUACUUUUACUUGUAAGGGAGCUGAUUAUUUGAUUUCAUUCUGCUGAAACAUCCUUAUCAAGUUAUGGGCUA